CUCCAACAAGACAAAGACACCCUUUAAAGUCCGUUUCAAUUCUUACAAACAAAACGCAUUCUAGUUUCCCGCUACUUCACUUUUAUUUCAUUAAUCUCCCCCAAAAUCACAAACCAAAAGGAAACUCAUACCCCAAAAUAUCUGCUAAAUCUCAGCUUUUAAUUUCUUGCUUCUUUUGGGGGUUGGAGUUAUCCGAGGCAAAGUUUUCAGUUAGAGAGGAGGUUUCCUUUUGUAUUUUGUUUUAAGGCUAGCUUAUAUUUGUACUUGUGGUUGACACUUGGUAGCUGAGUUGAGAAGAUUAUGAUGGAGGUCAAGAAGGAGAAAGAAGAGUUUUAUGAAGAUUUAAUUGAAGAAGAUACAUCUGCUUCACCUUCUUCAAAUUUCGACAGCCAUUUUGAUACUACUACAAGUUCAGCUUCUCUUGAAGGAAGGGUAACUGGUCCAACUAGACGGUAUAGGAGAGGAGGGUGGACUAAAGAAGAGGAUAGUAUUUUGACGGAAGCUGUGCGAAAAUGCAAUGCAAGGAAUUGGAAGAAAAUAGCUGAAUUUCUCCCGGGAAGAACAAAUAUCCAGUGCUUACAUCGGUGGCAAAAGGUCCUCAAUCCUCGAAUCUUGAAAGGACCCUGGACAAAGAAGGAGGAUGAUUGUAUUACUAAGUUGGUUGAAAAGUAUGGUUGUCGGAGAUGGUCUGUCAUUGCAAAGUUAUUGGGAGGUCGCAUAGGCAAGCAAUGCAGGGAAAGGUGGCACAAUCAUUUGGAUCCAUCAAUAAGAAAAGAUUCAUGGAGAGAAGAAGAGGAGGCCAUUCUGACAUACUAUCACCAAAUAUAUGGGAACAAGUGGACCAAAUUAGCUGAGCUGCUACCUGGAAGGACUGACAAUGCAAUAAAAAAUCAUUGGAACUGUUCCGUAAAGAAGAAGCUUGGUUUGGACUCACCUCAUCGUUAUGCAAUGGACAUAGAUGAAGGAUCUUCUGAUUUUCAGGACUGGGAAAUUACACCAAAAUGGUUGAAGGUCAAAGAAGAGAGACAGGGUCUUGAUGAAACAAAACCUGUCGAUCAAAAUGGUGCUGAUGAUUAUGGUACUGAUACAUGUAAUUUAGAUUUGGUUCUGGGAAUAGCAAAUCGAGCAGACAAAGUAAUGUCGGAAAGCACAGGUCUUCAGAAGUGCCAUAUGAGCGGAUAACUCGACUUAAUAGAGUGCGUUAUGAUGACAAAACCAAUCGUAUCAUUGAUGAUUCAAUCACUGGAACUGUAAAAAGGUACGCUGAGCAGAGUAAGAUACAUGAACCUCGAUCAGCCUCAAGCAGAAUAGAUUCUCAGGAUAGUUAUGAUCUUCUUUCUUCGAUGCCGGUCGGUUCUGCAUCAACUUUCAAAUCUAUGGCAGAUAAAUGUCAGGUCGACCUGGAAAGGGAAAUCAGAGCAUGAAUACAGUGAACUCAAGUGAGUUCUUGUUGCAUAAUGAGCCAUCUCAGCCGGAGAAUUCUGCUCAAAAACUGGGAGGAAGCUUCUCUCCCAACAGAUUUAGUCCAGAAUCUAUAUUGAGGAUUUAUGCAUUGACCUUCAAGAACACUCCCUCUAUCAUAAAUAAGAGAAGUUACAGUAAGACUUGGAAUGGAAACACCUCAGAAUCCGCUGCCUCCUCUCCAGUAAGGUCUUUUUGGGUUUUUUUAUGUGGAAGAAACGUGAGAAUCAGAUACCAGAAUCCCUAUAUCCAUCAAGAAAAAUGAAAAA